UGACGCCCACCUUCAUCCACCUCGCGCUUCUCCGCUGUAUCCUGCGAUGGCGGCAGAGACUUCGCGCAAGAAAAAAUCCCGUUUCGCUUGCAAAUGUCUCAAUGUACAAAUCAAGGCUUCGAAACCGGUCGGGCCAGUGCCUGCGGAGCUUGCGACGGAGCCAGGAUUUGCCCAAGUGUAUGUGAAGCACGACGGGAUUUCGGCGGCGCACCCGCAACUGACGUUGAGGAUCCGUUCUCGUGGCACACCAAUUGAGGGAUCGUCGCGGUUCGCUCAAUUCAUGUCUUUGGGCUGCCUCGUUUGCCGGACACUUGUAUAUCGUGCCUUUACUUCUGCUCCGUUGCUGAUGAACUCGUAUGCAAACUUGGCCACUCGAGAAGGGCCUGUUAUACCAAAGUCGGGAUGGGUGGAGGAUGAUGUGCUCAGGACGCCGUCAGGAUGGAUCGAAGUCUUUGAAGGAGCACUGACCGAAGCUGACAUAUCGCUCCAAGAAGAGUCGCCGCAGUAUUCUCCUCUAUUCUCUCUUGUUCUUCCCCCCAUUGUCGCGCCGUCGUUCCCAAAGUCUCCAACCCUGUCACCACCGCCAACAGGUCUUCAUUAUCUCAAAGACUUGGAGCCGAUGUAUUCCUCAAAUCCUGCUACUUCCGAUCCUGUCUUCCUUCGCCUCUCAAAUAUAGCCGCCACUCAGUCUGAACAGCUCCGACUAAAGGCAGAGCAAGAUGUCAAUGAGAUCGUCAAUGUCAAGAUCGCACAGUUGCUUCAAGCCGAAGAUGAACUCAAGGCGCAAGUCCAGGUUCUCGUAGACACAUAUAGAGAAGGUUUACGUGUUGCGGAAGAAGAAGGUAACCCAAAGUCACCCACACUUCGGUCGUGGAAAGAGGCAAGCUCCGGUGAUUCCAACGGAGCUACUGUUUCUGUACGAGACUUUGUUCCUGUGGAAGUACCUGCAACAAGUACCUCGCGGUCACCACCCGCUCCUCGUGUUUCGACGCUUUCGGCAUCUCUUGCCACUUCGUCAUUUCACCACCCCCGGGCAAUCAAGGAUCAGGCUCCCCAUGACGGACUCCCUUCGUCUAUCGGGUCUUCAAUCACUCUCACGUCCGAGAAAUCCCACCUGCAUAAUGAAGAAGGCGUCACAGUGCUCCAAUUUCGCAGAAAUCUUGAUGAUGGUCUCAACACCGCAGCCAGCUACAGGUAUUUUGUUAAUCUUGAAGAGGAAAUGGCGCGACAUCGCAAGGAAACCGGCAAGCAGCCGCAAAGCACAAGUGAUAGUGCACAGGUUGCACCCGGCGAUCCCGAAGCUUCGCGGUCGACGCCCAGUUCCAAAGGUAAAGAACGGGAGUCUCCAGGUGGUGGAGAACGACCACCAUCAUUAAAGCCUAAGCGAAGGGUGACUUUUGAUGUCCAAUCGGAGGAGAGAUCUAGUGCGACCGGGGAUGCCCCUCAAUCUCACGCCAAUACAGAUAUGGUCUUCGACCUUGAAGAGGAAGAAGGAGGAGAACGUCCUGUCGAAGUGAGGCCUGUACUGCCUUUGAUUGAACAAACCGCGCCUGCUCGACCAAACCGACCCCGUUCACACAGACAACAGCCUGAGAUAGCCAGUUCGUUGUCAUCAUUCCGGCCUUUAUCUCUACUAUCUUCCUCUCACCGCGGGUCUCCCAACGGCCUAUCUUCAUCCCCCCUUGCCUCGUCUAGCACGUCGAGAGUAGAACGGCCGUCACCACUUCGGACGGCAAUGUCGUUACCUGACGAGGAUCCGUCCGUCGCACGUGAAUCUGCUAGUUCGCCGAGGCGGUCAGCCCUGUCGUCACGGAAAGUAUCUGAAAUACGGGAGGUACCUCACGACAAUGCCAUUGACAUCAUUCGACACACAACUAUUGAAGGUAGUCUUCAAGAGCAGAUGGACGGGCACCAACAGCGACACGAUGAAGAGAUAAUGCGGCUUUUGGCGGCUGGGACACCUAGUCAUCGCGCAGCGUGGAGUAACGGUGGAAAGGCUUGGGGGCAAUUCUUGCAUCGUGGACGAGAGCGAAUGUUUGAUUCAGAUGCCCUGGCGGAAGACGAUUAUGAAGUUGAUAAGAGGCGCGAGCAUAUCAAUGACCACUAUGAAGAAGUAUUGGAUGCAACGCGAAAUGGCGUACCGGGCUCGUUACCCGUUCGAAUAAAACCUCUCGUGAAACCGCGAGAGGUUCUCAGCUUGGCAUCAUAUAAGCCUCAAAUGAUUGGCGCUAGGGAAUGAUAUGGAUGUCCCCUUCCUUUUUUUUUUGGUUCAGCUAUCCUCGCUUUCUUUGCACGUUUUGAACACAUACUGAAAGGGCAGAGGUAUUGCAUAUACAAUCUAAUCGUCUAAUAUACCACUGUAAUAAUCACUGUAUAUGUAGAGGCUAUGAGUACCAUUACCGGCCCGAUUGCUCUGCCACCGAAUUAUAAUAAUUGCGGACUUGCGAGAU